UAUCUUGCCUUACCAAUAUGGCGGGCGCGUCGACGUACGAGCGUACUGAAGUUCAACGCCACGUCAAAGAAGGAGAAGAAACACUGCGAGUAGUCAGCGCGUCUCGCGCUAGGGAGGAGUGCUUGCUGCGGAUCCUCGAGCUCUGUGAGUUGCUAUCUACUCGGACAGCAGUAGCCUCCUGAACAUAUGACACAAGCCUUGGCAUGAUGAAAACUCCUCCCUCUGCAUCCCUGCGGGUCAAGCGCAAAAAUGUCCGUCAGAUGAGAAAGCAUUUCUGCCUAAGCAGAGCGAAUGGUCAGGACUCUGAAAGUUCCCUGUGGAAGAUCCAGUCCGGUCAGCGUGACCCGUGUUUUGCCAAAAUGCCUGCAACGGUCAUCCAGCGGCAGGAAAUGGCUUCAUACUUGCGUCUUUUUGAUGAUGGCUUGAUCCAAGACUUUCUCCGGAUGGACUGUUGUUAUAAAAUGACUGACAAGUACCUUUUAGCCAUGACCUUUGUGUACUUCAAACGGGCCCACUUCUCUAUUGCUGAAUACACCAGAAAGAAUUUUUUCAUGGCUCUCUAUCUUGCCAACACCAUGGAAGAGGAUGAGGAGGAAAGCAAGUAUGAAAUUUUUCCGUGGGCUCUGGGAAAGAACUGGAGGAGACAGUUCCCACGUUUCCUUAAGCAGCGAGAUGAGUUAUGGGCUCGCAUCUGUUACCGAGCUGCUGUCAGUAAGAGCUGCUGUGAGGAGGUAAUGGCCAUUGUGCCUUCUCACUUUGUGUGGCAGCGGCAGCGUUCCGAUCACCACAGUGGCGCCCUGAGACAGUACAACGCACAAGGCCCUACUCGUUUUCCGCGCGGCCCGUCCGCCUCCCCCGUUUCCUGUGCCCUCUGCAAUUGCAGCAGCAGGUUGCAUCGCAUCUCCUCCAGCCACCCAUCUGCACAGACCACAAGCUACCUGAACCCAUUCGCUCCUGCCUUUACAUUCGAGCUCACUCCACCCAAAGCCUCCAGCAGGACGGCAGAGGAGGAUAAAGAUGAGGCACCAAAAUUGUGCUGCUACUGUCCUGAAGAGCUUCCAAGGGAGACUUCUUCCUGCGACUCCUCCUGUGACCCCUUCAUAGACUGGAUCAGCGAGAUGUAAAACCCAAAGCUAAACUCAGCUGUUCCACCUUGUUCCUCUUUGUACCAACUGAACCGUUCUGUGCAAUAAUCCUUUAUCUAAAACUUUGAAGGUCAGUCUUCCAGUUAGUGGCAACCUGAAACAAACAUAAUAAACUACACUUAUUCAACGCACAUAAAUAUGAAAUAAGUUGUACACAAGCUAAGAUUGUUCCAGCUACAGAUUUCUCUACAUAUUUAUUUACAUUAUUUAUUUAACUUAUUUGUAAAUUAGAUUUUUUUUUUUUUUUUGCAAUAUUUCAACCCUGGUACGCAUGUUGGAUUGAGAGGGGGAAUCUUGUAUCUUUUUUAUUUUUUCCAAGUUGACUUUUUGAUUACCAAAUGCCUGUGAGUUUAAGAAUACAAAGGCUGAACUUAA